AUGAAGCUGUCGCUUGUUGUUACUUGCCUCGCUGUUGAAGCAUUGGGUCACCAGCCAAAUGUUCUCAUUCGACGGGAUCUCACUACAAUUACCGGUGUAUUGGACAAUGUCAAGUCUGACCUCCAGAAACUCGGAGAUACAGUAAAGUCGGCCACUGACGAUCCGGCGCCUCUUCUGAAGGCUUCCAAUGCUCUCAUAAAUACAAUUAAAGCCGGGAAAACCAAGGUCGACAGCACAAGCGAGCUCUCUUUCAAUGACGCUAUUGCGUUAAUCCGGCCUGUUCAAGAUCUUACAAACCUAGGCCAGUCUCUUACGUCCAAUCUCAAGAAGAUCAGACCAAAACUACAGAGAUUGGGGGAGUGCGUCGUGGUCCGCAUCCAAGUCAAUAGCAUUACAUCUGGGUCUGAGGCUCUAAUUAAGUCUGUCGAUGCCAAAAUUCCCGAAUCAGCUCGAGAAAUUGCCAGCCAACUUAGCGCCAAGUUGACCAAAGUUCUUCAACAAUCUCAGUCCGACUUUUCAGAGCAAAACUGCAACAGCACGGCUGGCGGCGCGCAACCAACGGAAAGCGAACCGAGUUCUAGUUUGGGCAAUUCAAUAUCUGCUUUUAUCAACCCAAGUACUUCCAGUGCUGCGAUGCUUAUUUUCCUGGGAGCUGUAGCAACUAUUAUGGUCAACAUUGCCUAG